AUGGAGGAAGAUGCAGAGAACAUGCGGCAGAGCAGAGCCAGCGACUCCCAGCAGACAGUGCAGCGCAGUUGGCCCAAGGACUGCAGCGAGGUCUCUGCCGGCAGCCCCAGCGGCAUCUACGUGAUCCAGCCCACAGGACUGCACCCCAUCGUGGUGUACUGCGAGAUGAACCUGACCGACGGGGGCUGGACGGUCAUCCAGAGGAACAAGCAGAGCACGGAGAUCACCUGGGCCGAGUCCUGGAGCACCUACAAGUACGGCUUUGGGAACGUGCACACCGAGUACUGGCUGGGCACCGAGUACAUCCAUCAGAUCACCAGGCAGAAGGUCUACCAGGUCAGGUUUGCCAUCUGGGAUGCUGUAAACACCACCAAGUUUGCAGACUACAAUCUCUUCAGCCUGGAAAAUGAGUCCCAGGGCUACCGGCUGAGGCUGGGAACAUACUCAGGCUUGGCAGGGGAUGCCAUGACCUCAAACAGUGCUUCCGCUGUGCACGACAACAUGAAGUUCUCCGCCAAAGAUCUGGAUCAGGACACUGCCAGCGGCAACUGCGCCUCCAGCUACGGGGGCGGGUGGUGGUACUCGGCGUGUUAUUCUGUACGGCUGAAUGUCAAGGGGGCCAUAACGUGGGGCAGCCUGUGCAACGGGAACUGCAAAGCUUCUGCCAUCCUCAUCAAACCAGCUUCCUACUGUUAG